GAAGUAGACGGGUAACACCUAUGAUAUUUUUAUCAUCAUUAAUAUUAAUUAUUACUGUUUCACCACGGUGAGUUAUCAUUCAAAUUCUUUAACUUUUUAAAACUUUAUAAGCCGUGUUUUCCUUAUUGGUUUAGAUAUCUCUUACAAUUUUAUUUAAAUAUUAAAAAUCCUCAUUUACCAUGUAUUCAUUUAUUAAUUCAUUUAUUGAAAACAUUAGAAAUAUGUAAUUAUGCAUUUAAUGUAUUUAUCAGUGUUGUCGCUGGAAAACAAGCUCGUAGUGAAUUAUCAAAAAUGUUAUAUAAUAGUUUGAUAAAGUGUUUUAGUGUUGAUGAAACAACCGAUACACCAACCACUGAGCUAACUAGUUUUUCUUUACGAUAUUGUGAUGAAUCAACAAGCGAUAUUCGUGAAGAUUUUAUAACAUUUAUUGGUACUGUUUCAUGUACGGAUGAAAUAGUUGUAAUUUAUCAUUCUACAACUGUGUAG